AUGCCAAAUUCUCAUUCAGAGUCGAGCCAAGCUCGAGCGCAGUCCAUCUCCAAGUAUUUCCCAAUGUACCGCUUUGCUCAGUUGGCAACUCGCGCUGCCUCAACCGGCGCCGUGUCGCGCCUUGCCGCUCCGUCUGCUGCUACUGCUUCUCGUGCUGCCAUUCGCCAGUCGAGCAGCGUCGCUCCGGCAACCACGACAGUUUCAACUGCACCCAUCACCGCCGCCUCGCGCAAGCAGCUGGAAGAGUACGGCCAGUACCUGGUGGACGUGCUGCCCAAGUUUGUGCAGGCAACGCAAGUACAGCACACCAACGAGCUGGAGGUCCUGGUUGCGCCGGAGGGCGUCCUGCCCGUGCUCCAGUUCUUGCGCGAUCACACCAACGCCCAGUUCAAGCAGCUGCUGGACGUCGCCGGCGUCGAUUACCCAAAGCGAACAAACCGCUUCGAGGUUGUGUAUAACUUGCUGUCGCUGCGGUUCAACGCCCGCAUCCGCGUCAAGACGUACACGGACGAAGUCACACCGGUCGAAUCGGCCACCUGCCUGUACAGCUCGGCCACCUGGUUUGAGCGCGAGGCAUGGGACCUCUACGGCAUUCUCUUCUCCAACCACCCCGACUUGCGACGCAUUCUGACAGACUAUGGCUUUGAGGGCCACCCCAUGCGCAAGGAUUUCCCGCUGACUGGUUAUGUUGAAGCCCGAUACGACGACGAGCUCAAGCGCGUCGUUGUCGAGCCCCUCGAAAUGACUCAAGAAAUGCGUCGCUUUGAGUUUCAGAGCCCUUGGGAGCACAUUCAGGGUGGCGGCAAGAAUUCCAAGUAACAAACCCGAGCCUAGGCUUUGGAAAAGUUUGUUUUCGUUUGGAAAGGGGUUUUUUUGGUUUUCAUUCGCGCCUUGUUGUUUUCCGUCGAAUUUGACUGUGUAAUUUGUUGAUGUAUUGUGACUUUGUAAUAGCAAAGAGUUGCUUUUCUGUUUGUCUUUAACGC